AUGAAACGCAAAGGGAAAUUAUCACAAUCAUCGCCAGAAGAGACUUAUCCUGCCAGUGAUGAAUCAAGUUUCGCCCGUGAAAAUAACACAGUCAACAUCCGGCGACCGCCUUCGAAGAAGUCGCGUCGUACUACAACGAAAUCAAGUGAAUCUAAAGCAGAAGAAAUUACACCAGUUCACGAAUGGCCUGAUUAUUUUCAAACACUUUAUAAGAUUUUUAAAGCUAUCAAUGUCGUCCUUGCCUUCGUUUCGUCUAAACGACAGUUAGCGACAAGUUUCUCUGCUGUUCGCACUUCUGUCGAGAGUAUAAUUAAAAGGUAA